UCAAACAGUGUUUUAAAUAAAAUAUUUACUCUUUUAGUUGAGCUGAAAAGCGAAGUAGCUAAUCUUCAGAAGCAGACUACUUACAACACUACUAUGUUGCAGACUUUGUCACACGGUGGGAUAAAAGACGAUGGCAACAUUUUUGAAACUCUUGAUCUUCCUGUAUGUGACCGAAAACAGCUGCAGCAGCUUGAAGAUAUAAUUACUAAAGACAAUCUUUUAUUUAAUAAACUUGUGCAUGGUGUUGCUUCGAAGGGCGGUCAGGACCUGAAGGAAGCCGUUAGAAGGAUGGUUUCCUCUCUAAUGGAAAACGACGUAGUAAAACAAAUGAAUUGGUCAGGACUUGGUGAAAAUCUAAAAAAACCCUUUCGUGACUUGAAAUGCCGACAAGUUCUGGAAACAGCAUUGCGAAGAAAUCCACCAACGAAAGGUGCUUCAGAAAGUGAUGUGCAGAAGGCCGUGGUUCACUAUUUAGCAGGGGCUAGUGAUCGUAAUGGUGGUAGAAAACAAAGAGCCAUUCGACAAUCAAUAAAAAAAACUCACUUUGAACAUCGUGCACUAAUGCCUACAGCUUCAUCGGCAGUUAUAGAACAACCUUUAGUAGCGCCUAAAACUUCAGCGGAAGUUUUACUGCAUCAUUUGCCACUUUUCUGCUCAGACGACUCAAACAAUUAUUUAUGUUAAAAAUUAGUUAUGCUAAAUGCUGCUACCUUAUAGUUUCUUUAGAAACGUUUUAAAAGUUGUUUCCCAUAUUCAUAAUGUAGUUAUAUUUUUCGUGUAUUAAUAUUGUAUUUUAUGUUGUGGUUAUGUUUUUAUUAUGUACAUGUGUUAGUUCAAAUUACAGAAUAUAUUUCUUUAUACCUGGU